CAAGAAACUCGAUAGAAGAGCUGUGCAAAAAAUUAUUCUUCACGCUAUUGUAUUCAGCAUAUAUCAAUUGGUAGUUCCUCCGUUCAGGUGGCAACACCGCCGCGAAGAGCUCUAUCAACAGAACCAUAAGCUUGCCAUCUAUAUCGGAUUAGCCAGAAGCCACUCACCCAUUAAUCAAUCAACGGGUCUAAAAUUGCCCCAAAAAAACAGCCAUCUUGGUAUGCUAACAAAACAACAUACCUCGUAGUUGAUUCACAAAUGCCAUGGACAAGACAGUUGAAGCAAUAGUGAAUUUUGUGAAUGACUGCUCUGCAGUUGAGCGAACGCUCAAACUCCUCCAAUCUCUAUCUCAAAUAGGUGCCACUUUUGGACCUCCUGGGAGCCACCAGGUCCUUCGGUGGACUACAGCAGGGAAUCAAUUUGCUCUAGGUAAGGCAUCCCACGGUCAUUUCCAUCGAAGUAUAAUUCCUGGCAGAUUAGCACCUGAUACAAUCGAGAAUAGGCAGGCGCUACCUAUACUUCUUCAAAUGGAUAAAUUGCUGGAUGACGGCGUAUAGACUUUUGCAAGGCUCCAAAAAACCAUCAAGCAAAUAUUCAACAAAUGGCGAAAAGACUCAAGUCCAAUUCACCCCAACAGGCUUUAAGACGAGCGGCAAUCAUGAUAACAUCAAGAGUCUCCUCGGGGCUCUCAAGUUUAGUUUGUUGGGAAUGUUUUUGUUCCUUGAGAUGUUCACUAUCCUUAACGCCAUGUCAAUCACUGAUCACGGAUGGGCUAGAUCUUUACAACUCGAGGCGUGGAAACUAUGGUUCUACUCCCUCAUAGUCUCCGUUUCCCUCGGUCUCUACGAAUUGUUUCGGCUAUCUUCGAAGCCACCACAAGCCCUUAAAUCUGGAAGCAGCAAAGACGAGAAAUCGCAGGGCAUUCCAACCACUACGGCGUCAGUCACUCGGCAACGGCAAACUCUACACAACGCCCUUGUAGCUGAUAUAUCUGAUUUGAUUAUCGGCGCUUGCGUAACAGGCUACUUCCUCCUUGACCCUGUCACGGCUGGCAUCGCAGGGACCAUCAGCGCAGCAAUUGCGAUGAGGGAGGCCUGGAAGAGAGUCAACCCUUAAGUUAUUGUGGGAAUUUGGAGGAGGCAGUGAAGGUAAGCAUAAACUUACCACAUGACAGCGAUAAGGUCUACACCGCUAUGGCGGCAGGGCAGACAGGGAAGAAGAAGAAGAAGAAGAAGAA